AUGCAAUACAUUCAUGUCUCCCCUGACGCUCCUCUCGAGAUCCAGCACACGGUUUCUCGAAUGAACGCGUGUCGUCAGCAGAUAGAAGACCUCACGAAUCGACUCAAGGCCGCAGAAUCUCUUUGGGGCUCGCUUAGAGACGAGAUCGCCGGAUAUAUUCAGAACCCAGGGCAAAACGCCGCUGUUGCUACCCGUCCUGUCCAAUCUUCGCUCAACCUAUUGCCUGACGAGCUGUUAUGCGACAUCUUUCAACGAUUGCGAUUCCAGCGGAACGCCAACCUUGGACCCCUGCUUCUUGUGAACAAACGUAUUCAUUGCUUGGUGAUGAAUACUCCAUCACUCUGGACUCGUAUCGAGUUCCAUGUCGUCGGUGACCUGAUUGAGGAAGCACUUUUGCAUCGUUCCUACGUCGAGGCAUGUAUGGAGCGUAGUCAGAAUGUCUGCCUAGAUAUCGACAUCAAACUCGAUUGGGACACAAAGCAAAGGAUCCUUACGCGAGCCGCGACCGAUGCGGUUAUGGGUCUGGUGGACGACGAAGAAGAAGCGGUCUGGUCGGCAUUUGACACUAUGGAUAUGGAUUUUAACUUCUCCGUAUACGAAGAAGAAGAGGAGUCAUUGUUCGAAGUCCUUGAUGCGAUCGUCGGUGCUGAAGGUUGCAACAUGCCUCGGUGGAAGUCACUUGUCCUCUCGCUUCCCCGCGACGACUCACAGCAAGUCUCGAUUCUUGAACGACUUAUCGGAGACACUCCGAAUCUUCGCGAUUUGAACCUACAGAAUGCAUUUCUUCUCGAUGCGGAUGACGAAAUCGCCUGGGAGGGAGUUCUACCAAAUCUUUCCGCCCUAUGCAAUUUCCAGAGCGAUGGUCCCACUCCUUCGGCGUCCUCAUUGAACCCCUUCGUCUUGCAGGAAAUUGGGAUUCACAUUGGGCAUCCUUCGGGCGUCAACAAACUUUCUUCAUACCAAGCCCUUCAAUACUUGAGUAUUGUUUGCUUUGAGGGAGGCCCUUCGGGAGAUCCGAUCAUAUCUCUCCCACAGUUGCGCAGCCUGCAUCUAGGGGGUUCAUUCAACUACUUCAUAGGUCGUCUCCGCACCUCCUCUCAAUUUGCUCUCAAUCGCAUCACACGACAUCUCCUUGGACUAUAA